GGAUGAGAGGUCUCUCAUUGGUCAGUUUGUGCAGCAUGCAAAUGAAGCGACUACGUCAGAUCCUGAAGUUGAGCGCCAUUUUUUCCCUCAAUAGGGGAAGAAAGGGACAAAAGCUGGACUAAAAUAACUUAUCUUCGGAGUCCGCUCGUUCUUAUCAUUGUUCAUAUUUAACUUCAGUCUUCAUACGACGGCGUGUGUAGGUGGGGGAUGCUGCUCCGGUGAGUGUCUUUGUGCAGCAUUGGUAGCAGACGCAGCACACCGACACGCACAGUUGCGGGCCGGUGGAAGUGGGGAACCAAAGCCCUACUGGAGGUGGCACAGCGACGACUAACGUUAAUCUACGCAGAAAACAGAACGAGGUUUGUGGGAAUCAUGUAUCAGCUUCCAGUGGGAAAUAUUGAGAAGAUCCGAAAGGCGCGUAAGGCAGUGAAAAACAUUUUAAGUGAGAUUGGUCUACAAGAUUGUCAGAACCUGUUGAAGGACCUCAAUGAAAACUCUGAGAAAAACCCAGAUGAAGAUGAAGCCUUUCAAGUAACAGAGUGGGUUGAUAUCACAGAAGGAUACAGUAGCCGACAGCGGAAGAAGUGGCCUUAUAGGUCCCGAUCUUUGUGCUGCAACCUGUGCAAAUACUCUUCUCAAAACAUCUACAACUUCAGAAGUCACGUCUCUCGUUGCCAUGGAUAUGUUCAGUCAUAUUGUGCACUUGCACCCUGCUCUCAGUGCCUCUUCAUCUCCCACCCCAAGGUUGUCAAAAAGCACAUGCUAUUCUUCCAUGCCAAACUCCCUGUACCAAACUUACAGCCACAGAGGGAAGGCUCUGCACCCACCCAUCGUGGUAACGACAGGUAUCAUUGUCGAAAGUGUGGGUUUCCAAGCCCCUCCAUCUUUGCAAUGAAGAAGCAUGUCAUUCUCAAGCAUCUGGACCAUUUGGCGGAGCAGUACAUUGGUUAUCGAUUACACCAACAAGUGACUACAUCCAUAAAGAUCUACUGCUGCAAGGUGUGCAAGGUGAACACUGGUACUCUAGACCAAAUGUUGCACCACAUGCUAGUGGAACCAGCACACUAUUCAGUCAGCACACAAGUGCAGAGUUUGAUUUAUGAGAACAAGAACUACACAAUUAAACCAACACCCAACGGAAAUGGUUUGUUUGUGACAUUCCCAAGUAUCGCCCCUAAACCACAGCAACCUCAGAUGUUAAACAGCAAUUCUUUGGUCAUACCAAGUAAUGGCCAACCUACUGGGACUCUAGUGGCUUUACAGCAAGUACAAGGAACUACAAAAAGUACUACUUUGAUCUGUGCCCCUGGAACUAACCAAGCUUUUUUGCCCCCUCAAGCAUCAGCGCUAGUGCAGCUUGCUAGUGCUGAAGCUAAAGGUUUGCUGCAGCCUGGUGCCACAAUAGCCCUCCGAAGUACUGUGUCCCAGGGUUCGCCUAUGAUUCAGCUUCCCACAGUGUCUAAUGUGUCUCUGAAACAGGCACCUGUAACGUUAUCCUCUGCCACAUCUCAACCACAACAGACCCCACAAGGACAUCAAAUUGUUCUUCCGUCAGGACUGCAAACCAGUGUGGCCACUGGAACUGGGAUAGCGCCUAAACCUGCAGUGGUUACACAAAAUGCAUUAUCAAACCACAUUGCCCUACAGGGUACCAUGCUGACUUCUCAGUCCUUGCUAAGUCACCUGAUCCCAACUGGCAACAAGGUGAACGGCAUGCCCACAUACACUUUUGCUCCACUCCAAGCAGCAUUGCCCGUCUCUCAAAGAACAACUACCCCUCUUAAGCCUGUUGAGCAAAUGAGUAACUCUGUACCACAAACCAAGAAAUGGAUCACAUGCCCCCUUUGCAAUGAACUUUUCCCUUCCAAUGUGUUUGAAAUACAUUCAGAGGUCGCACAUCAGACAAAGUCCUCUACAUCCAAGUCAGAAAGUGUGGCUGCCAGAGCAUCAUUUCUGAAGAAAAUGCCUGACAAAACUGUCAAAUGUCUAAUAUGCAAAAUUCUGCUAUCAGAAAAGAGUGUCUUCCAGCACCUUCUGCAUGGCCUCAACUGUUUAUACUGUUCUACAUUGUUCUUUUCAAUCAGACAGCUUGCAGAGCAUGUAAAGCAGCACAAUCCCACAAGCAAAGCAUACUGUGAUUUCCUAAGGCAGAAGUACAGGGUCUACUCUAAAGGUGCUGGAGGAAUCUUGUUCCCUUACUUUGAUGUGAACACAACAGCACCUAAAGAGGUUCUAGGAGACACAGAGGUCAACCUUGCACUUGUCACAAAUUCCCUUGACCUGAUCUUCUGUAAGUUGCAGCCCACAAAACAGCAAGAAAUCUGCCCAGUGCCUGCAAAAAUCAACAGUGCGUACUGUCCCUUCUGUGACGAAAAGUUUCAGCAUGAAUCCGAUCACCUCCAGCACCUGAAACAGAAGCACUUUGUAGCGCCCACCAUUCAUGCCAUCCUCAAGACAGAGGCUUUCAAGUGCAUAUACUGCAAUGGUGUCUAUACAGGAAAGGUCACUCAGCAGGCUGUCAUGCUGCACAUUCAGCGAUGCCGUUGUUCCCCAAAGCCGCCACAGCCACCACCACCGCCACCACCACCACAACCACUAAAGCCCACAUUAGUACUGCAACAGCAGCCACCAAAACCAGUCCAGCAGCUCAGCCAGACUUCUGGGCUCUACUUUGUCCAAGUGCCAAAAGGCCUGACUAUGGCACAGACGUUAGCCCCAGCUCGUGUGAUUCCUGCUGCAAAACCUGUGGAGCCUCCAGAGACGGAGGCAGAGUUGCAAUCUAAGAAGAGACUGGAAGCUGCGUUGAAAGAAGUCAUGGAGGCCAACAGACGAGAGAGAGAACAAAGGGCUGCCUUGCGCAAGAAACGAGAGCAGGAGAAACUGUUGAAAGAAAAGCUGUUGCAAGAGAAAAAGCUGACCCCACCGGAGCCCGAGUUUCAGAGUGACCCAGCAGUCAAGCUUGUGUUGGAACCAACAGCAACGGAGCGCCGCUGCAGUGACGAGCGCAGAGACUUCAUAUCCAAGUACUUCAACUUGAAUCCUUACGCAACCAAAACUGAGACUGAAGAGCUGUGCAGGAGGCUGAACCUCACCAAAGCAGAGCUGGCAGCGCUCUUCAGCAAGAAGCGCAGCAAAUGCAUGAAGAGCCUCAAAAGGAACACAGCUGCUGUCUUCCUUGGCUUCAACAUGACUGAGCUGAGCAAAAUAAAGCACAACCUGUUGAUCCCAGAGCAGCAACCACCUGCUGACACCACAGAGACCCAGCCAGCUGAUGCAGUUGAUGCAUCUGGUUCAGCUGAUCCACCGGAGGAGAUGGGAAAUGGUGUGGACGACCCAGAACCGAUGGAUGAAAGUGGAGCCGCAAGGAAUCCAGAAAUGAUGAAUGAAAGUGGAACUGAAAAAGACGUCGAGCCGAUGGAUGAAAGUGUUGACAAAGUUGACAAAAUUCCAGGUGAGGAACAAGUAGAGCCGAUGGAAUGAGUUCGAGAAAUGUGUGAAAACGGGACCUGAAACAGCAAAUAAUGCAAAUGUCUGACUUUAAACCAUAUAAAACUGCUAAAUAAUGAUGGCCUUUUGUGUUGAGUCAUAUAGAAGUUUACCAUGCCAUGCAGAUGAUCGUGCAUUUCCUAACAGCAUACAAGUUAUUGUGCAACUGGGGACAGUGUAAUGUGGCCUUCGUUAAUAGUGCUUCAUUUGACCUCAGUAUGUUGACAGUGGUCCAUAUUCUAAUUUCCAUGUAAAUGCAAUGCCAUGUUACUAAUGCGUCUCUGGAAAAUUACAACGAUAUAGACAGUAAAGUAAUAUAUAUUCUUACACUGCCUGUUUAGCUCCACCAGGACUUAGCUGGAAAGGAUGUUUUUCAACCAUGGUGACAGAUUUCAACCCAAGUACUGAUCCGCUCCUUGUAGAUGCCUUUUACAUCCUUUAGUGAAGCCCAUUUGUACAAAAGUAUGAUUUUGUUUAUGCUUAAUAUAUAGAUUUAUUAUCUCCAACUUCACUUUAUAAAUUUGAAACUUCUGUCACAUACACAACUGCGUCCGUAUUGUUUCCACCAGUUUUUAUUAUUUAAUGUUUCUGUUCAUACCCCUUGGUCCUCGUGUUUCUUCCAGACGAUCUCCUGGAGACCAAAUUCUUCAGAAUGUAAGUGGUUGUUGAUGAAAUCCUGACCAUGUUUGCAUGACUUUUUUUUAUUUUGAAUUUUCAGAAAAUAUGAUUUGUGCCACUAUUAAGUCCACAUAUUUACAUAAACUAGGAAAUUCCCAUAGGGAUUCAACACAACUUAACUAUGUUAUUGGGUGUUCUUGUGCUGCUUCUGUUUUCCUGGCCGCUGUUUCUUUUGUACUUGUAUUUUCUAUAAUUCAUAAAGUAUGAAAGCUGUCGGGUUAGGUAAGAAAUAAAACAUGUCUGUCCAAGGCCACUGUGUU